AUGUUCCUUCGGGGCAUCAAGUCAGGUGGUGUAUUCAAUCCAGCAUACACGUACCUUGGAUUCCCAGGAUUCUUCGUUAUAGCCUCUGUCCUUGCCACGUUGGGUCUUACCUUCUACCGCCUUUGGUUCGAAGACAAACGCUUAAGACACCUUCCGCCGAAAGUCCCAGGACCGCCAAUUAUCAACCAGACGUUCUACCAUAUGCAAGAUGAUCUCGCUACCAAUGCGAUCAAGUGGACAAGCGAAUACGGCGAGAUUUAUCGCACACGGACGGGCACGACAGAUUGGAUAUGGCUCAACUCCGGAGAAGCCGUGAAAGAAAUUAUCGAUCGCAAGAGCUCGAUCUAUUCCAGCAGGCUGCUUAACCCGAUGGGGUUUGAGGCAGCGAGUGGUGGCCGGAGAGUGGUCUUCAUGCCACGCGGCAAGCAAUGGCGUACCAUUCGAGGCAUCAUCCAUAAGCUGCUCACUCCCAAAGCUGCCAAGUCAUAUGCUCCGAUUCAAGUCUUUGAAGCAAAGCAACUUUCUGUUGAUCUUUUGGAUUCCCCACAAGACUUCUACAUGCACAACCGACGGUACACGGCCAGUUUAAUCCUGCAGAUCACAUAUGGUCGUCGAUUACCCAAAUUUGAAUGCGAUGAAAUCCGAAAGAUUUUCGAAGUCCUGGUCAGGUUUGGUCAAAUCAGGAGACCCGGUCAAUGGCUCGUGGACAGCUUUCCCUCGCUCGCGAACUUCCCUCCUUUCGAUUUGGUCAGCAACUGGCGCCAGUUCGGGAAAGAAUGCCAUCUCAAAGAUUCGAAGAUCUGGAUGGAAUUCUGGACACAGAUGUGCCAGGAAAUCGAGGCCGGGACCGCGCCGCACAGUUUCGGCAAGGGCUUUGUAAAUAGCAACUGGGCUGAGAAAGGACUGGAUGAGCUUCAGGCUGCUUACGUCUUGGGCACCAUGAUUGAAGCUGGUUCGGAAACUACCAGUGUGCAACUCAACAAUACCUUGGUAGGAAUCCUGUCCAGGGGUCAAGAGGUGAUGAAGGCGGCCCAUGAAGAGCUCGAUAGAGUCGUCGGAAGCAGUCGCACACCAACGUUUGAUGACGAGAAGAACCUCCCAUAUAUCCGAGCAAUGGUCAAAGAAGUCAACCGAUGGAGAUUCGUGAACAAGUUCGGCACUAAUCACUAUGCGACCGAAGACGGUUGGUACAAAGGCUAUUUCAUCCCCAAAGGUGCCGUUGUCAUGAUCAACAUAUGGGGCUUGCAAUAUGACCCAAAGCGCUUCCCGGAGCCAGAAAAGUACGAGCCCAUGAGAUAUUACAACCACAAGCUGAGCGCGGCCGAAUCGGUCUCCGCAGCUAAUCCAAACCUGCGUGAUCACUGGUGCUACGGAGGCGGACGCCGCAUCUGUCCCGGCAUGCACGUCGCGGAGCGAAGUUUGUUCCUCAACAUCGCACGCCUGAUGUGGGGAUUUGAUGUGUAUCAUGCCAAGGAUGAAAAUGGGGUCGAAAUUCCCGUGGAUGCGACCUUUGGAGGCAUGAUUCCCGGAGCUACCGCAGCGCCGCAGCCCUUCAAGUGCGAUAUUCGUGUCCGGACCCCCCAGCAUGAGAAAAUUCUCCGUCAGGAAUGGAUGGAUGCACAAGCCGAAGGCUUGAAACUCGAAGAUAUCAAUUUUGAGGGGGCGGAGGAGGAUGUCAAGGCAUAG